AUGUCAGCGCCUUUACUCACGGACUCAGACUCGGCGUUAUCGACCAAAAAUGUGAGUUUAACACCGUCGACUGAACAUCCGAACAUAUCACUCGACUUGAGCUCCACAACAAUACAAUCGGUCGAUAAAUCGACAGAUAUCUUUGAUCCAUUCAGAAGUUUUGGUCGGUUUGUGGGAAGAUCACCGUAUCUUGCUCUGCUACUUUGUAUUCCACUUACAUUGCCAGUUUUGGGAUGCUUUUGGCUUCAAGUCAAGGACAAUAUCAGGGAUGGGUACACACCAAUGAAUGCUCCGUCGAGAUACGAAAGUCAAGUGGUUAGGGAGUUUUACAAUACUACUUGUGAGUUGAUUUUUAUAUUAUGAUAGGUGUAAAGUUAGAAAUUAAUAAGUUAUGGAUGAUUUUAAGGGGAAAUAUCUUAUGAAAUGUUUUUUAAUUUUUUUUGUUUGGAAAUUUUACUUUAAAGCUACAAUAUUAAAUUUUUAAAUUUUUCUUUUUUGCAGCCCAACCAAUCCUAACAGUACUACUAAUGAAAGCGAAGGACGGUGGAAACUUGUUGCGCUUACCGCAUUUAGGUGAAGUUGUGAAUAUUCAAAAACAUUUCUUUUAUGACUUUAAAGUCCAAACUGAAGAGCAAUUGGAAACGAACGAAAGCUUUACCUACUCGGAGAUCUGCGAACCUUAUUGUUUUGUCAACAAACCUCUGGAGAUGUUCUAUGUAAGUUUUGAGGGAUGUAGGUGGUUUUGGCAGAAGAGUGGUUUAUGCUAGUUCAGUUUUUCGCUUUAAGAAAUGGACUAAAAUGAGAUUAAAAAAAUAUUAUUGACGAUAUUGUUUCAGAACGGUGUUCAUUACCAAGUAUUAGCAUUGAACAAAAGUCAAGAACUGAACCCCGAAACACAACUCACUUUUCCACAAGCUAGAGUCAACGGAAUCCAGAUUCCUCUUCAGAUGUUGUUCUUUGACGUAACUUUGAAAGAUGAAUCCAAAAACUACACAGAGCCAGCUGUUCAAGUUUCGAACAUGGAGAAUGUUGGGGUAGGUCAUAGAAAAUAUGAUGUUUGUAAAGUUUGUGGAAAUUUUAUUUUUCUUGUUUUUAAAAACCUUUUACGGAAUUACCGCUCUUCCUAAAUAAGUUUGUAGUACCUAAAUUUCUUUAAACGGUAAACAACAUUCGUUACAAGCUCAUAAGUUAAAAUUUUCAGCUGAUAAUGCUCAUUUUCCGAGGCGAUCCGUCUACACAGUACCGUGAAGAUCAACUCAGUGCUUGGGAACAGUCUGCUUUCAGUUAUAUUUAUGAAAGCGGCGAAUUCCACAAUGAUUUGAUUCAGCUAGAAAUCAUCGGAGUAAAGAUUUUGGACAAGGAGAUGAUCAAGGAUGGCAAGAGGUUGUCGCCCUACUUUGCUGUUGGCUUCGUAUUUGUGGGAUUAUUCGUGAGUACAGCAAUCUUGGCUCCAUCGUACGGUGAAUGCAAAUGGGAAUUGUCUAGGAUUCCAAUCUUCUUCGCUGCAUUAGCUUGUCCAUCACUUUCGAUUUUGGGUAAAUUUUGAUUUUUGUGUUUUUGGAAACGUUUUUGUUGUUUUUUUUGCAUUUUAUUGUUUGUUUGUUUGUUUCUUUACAUCUUAUGCUUUAAACAUGAUUUAUACAUUUUUAAUUGACUCUUAUUUUAGGUGGCUAUGGACUGAUGACCUUCCUAGGUCUACGAGUAAACUCAUUUCUACUAGUAAUGCCUACUUUGGUAUUUGGAAUUGGAGUUGACGAUGGUUUUCUAGUAAUUCAUUCGUGGUAUCGACAUGCUGAAAUUCAUCCAGCCAAAAGAAUGGGAGUCGUUUUAGCAGAUGUGGGCCCAUCAAUGACAAUCACAACCGUCACAAACGUAUUGUCAUUUGGAAUUGGAUGUUUGACACCUACACAAGGUAUGAACAAGUAUAAAAAUGAAUUUUUAUUGACAAAUUGUAUGAAGUGUUGUUUUGACGACUAUAUAACACUUUAAGUUAAUACUUUUUUUAGAAAUCCAACUGUUUUGCUUUGGUACCGCUGCAGCUCUAUUGAUCGUCUACCUGUACCACUUUGUACUAUUCUGCCCAAUUUUGGUACUAAUCGGAAGCCGAAAAUGGAGGCUAGAAAACGAACAACCUCUUCAAUUGAACGAGAAAACACCAAGAAUUCCACCGUCAGAAUCCGCUGUGAUUCGAAGAUUCACUGGACUGUUGGCCAAGCCAGCUUUCUUUGUUGCGGUUAUCGUCCUAUGCUUGUUUUACUGGUCGAUUUGUACUUAUGGAGUAACACAAAUGAAACCAAAGUUGGAUGCUGCCAAGAUUCUGCCAAAAACUUCGAAGAUUCAGACUCCUAACAAGUGGCUACAUGACAUUGGUAGGUAUUGAAGAACUGUUGAAAACUUGUUGCUUAAUAUGGUACGAUAGAUAAUAUAGGUGUAUUAGCAAAAUAUAUUAUCGAUAAAGCUUUUUAAUAUUUAAAAUUUGUUAUACUCAUCUAUUUUUAGUAUGGCGCGACUACCAAGGCGUCCAAGUCACUGUGAACACGCCCUUCAACCUCAGCGAUCAUCUGCAACGUCAUCGUAUCGAAAAGCUGGUCAUGGAAUACGAAAACAUUCCACAAAACCUAGGCCCAGCCACUACGAUGAUGUGGCUACGUGAAUAUAUCGAAUAUUUUAAACGAGACUUUGACAUUUGGGAUGUUGUCUUUGGUGGAGUCUCUGAUUCUGAUAUAGACGAAGGGAGUGCAAGUGGAGAAGAUGAACAACAAGAUACGAAUGUCACAGUUACUGCCGCUAAACUAAAGUACUUUUUGAGUUCACCGUUCUAUCAACAUUGGAAGGGAUUCGUGAAGGUUAACAAGGAUUCUGAGUCCAUUGUCGACAAGUUUUGGUUCAGUGUAGCAUUUAAAGGAAUUGUGGAGUGGUCGGAUCGGAUCAAAUUGAUUCAGAGAUGCAGAGCAUUGGCUCGAAACUACUCGGACUUGAAUGUUAGCACUUGGGAACAGAGUGGCAACGGUAGGUUUAUAUUAUUGUAGUCCCUUAUGUUGUUUUAAAGCUUUUUGAAAAUGUUUUUGUUAAUAUAUUAUAAAAACUGAUUUUAAAUUGUUACAUUUGGCAAUAGUAAACUGACGCACUUUAGCCAUGUUUGUUGACCAAAUGCUUGGACUAAACACCGUAGCUUGGCAAACGACCCUCCUUACCUGGGCUACCAUGGCCGUUGUAUGCGGAGUAUUCAUGAAAGACUUUGGCGUAGUCAUGAUUGCUUCGUUCUCCAUCCUCUCCAUUUGUGUUGGUGUUAUGGGCUCAUUAUCAUUGCUAGGCUUUGACUUGGAUCCCGUGACAGUAGCAGCACUUCUGAUGUCAAUCGGAUUGUCUGUCGAUUACACAGCUCACAUGACAAGCCAUUUCCAACGUCAUCGACGAAGAACGACCAACACGGUGGAGUGUAUUCAGAAGACGUUGGAUUCCGUGGCUUGGCCUAUGUUACAGGUAAAUAUAAGACCCAAAUGUAAUUUAUAAGCUUCAAGAUCAAAUACUUUCUUACUGUGCUGCGUUACAGUAAAUUCCAAUUUUUUGGAAUUUUAUGUCAUAUUUACUCUAGAAUAAUAUGCUUUCAGAGUGCCUGUUCCACGAUCCUGUGUGUAGCUCCGUUGUACUUCUCCUUUGCCUAUACAACCAAUGUCUUUUUCUCUACCAUCUCUUUGGUUACCGUAAUUGGGCUUCUUCAUGGACUCGUCAUCGUACCAUCUCUUCUAUUGGCACUCAGCUACGUCGUUGGCGAAGCCAGAUUCAAUUCGGUCCGAAAAAAGAAAGGCCAAUUAAAGAUUGGAACAAAAGACCUGGAUGGAUUACAGUAA